AUGUCGGCUCGUCAUAGCUCUGCUUCUCAGACAACCGGAAGCAUAUCAUUUUUAUUAUCUCGGGAUUUUGUUGAUAGUUCAACAAAUACCGAAUCAAUCUUGACUAAAUCCUCAUUUUGGAAUAUGCAAUUUAAAGAUAUACUGAAAGUUACCGGUGUACUUUUAGUCCCGUUGAUGUUAGGCGUUGCAACUCUAAUGUUAACUAUUCAAAACACUAAAGAUGCAAAGGAAAAUCGUGAAAAAGAUUUCCUUAUUGCACAACGUGAACGUGAACAAACUGCUUAUUUGGCUGAGGAAGAGAGACAAGACAAGCGUUUAACAAAAUAUUUAAAUGAUAUAUCUACAUUAGUGUUUUCAAAUCAAACAUUAGAUCCUCUAUUACGUGCAAAAACUCUGAAUGUUCUACGACAAUUAGAUGCGCAACGAAAGCGUGAAGUAAUUCUAUUUCUGUAUGACGCUAAACUGAUUCGAACCGAUAUAAAUUCUGGAAUUCCAAUUAUUUCAUUACAAGAUGUAAAUUUAGAUAAUGUUGACUUUAGUGAUUUACGAUCACCAUAUACACAGAGAACAUCAAACUUCUAUUACGAUACACAUAUAAAUUUACGUGGUGUUUUCCUACGAAAUACAUCGUUUCAAAGACGAACUCUUUGUCGAUCAGAUUUGGCACAAACUGAUUGUACACAUGCAGAUUUUAGUUCAGCAGAUUUAUCGGAAGUUGACUUUAGUUAUGCAAAAUUAAUUGAAUGUAAUUUUGAAAAUGCACGUUUCGAUUCUGUUAAUUUACAGAAUGCUAAUUUAUCACAGUCAAAUAUUACAGAUGAACAGCUAGCUACGGCACUUACGUAUCAAGGUGCAAUCUUACCGAAUAGAACGGUAGCAAAAAAUAAAAAUCUAUUGAUUAACGAUGGUUGUAUUAAUGACCGUAGUAAAAAUUUAUCCGGAACACAUUGGAUGGUUGCAAAUGGAAGUCAACAAGCAGAUAGUCGUUUCUGUGAUGGAAAUUCAAAAAUGUGUAUAAAUGGAAUUUGUUCUUUUGACAAUGAACUUGAUACAAUAAAUGGAGAAAGAAUAAUCUACUAUUGUCGUCUUUCAAUAAAACAUCGAUAUCAGCAAUUUUAA